CUGAGCGCGCCCAUGCUCUCCGGGUCACUCAGCCCUGCCUGCACCCAGGGAAGUUCUGCCCAGGGUCCGAGCAAACAUAGACACUAAACAAAUCUAAAGACAGAAACCAUCUCCGCCAGUCAAGAAGCCCUCAGAAGUCCUUUGCCAUGGAUACAGAAGAUGAAGAAAACAUGAGUUCGAGCAGCACAGAUGUUAAGGAAAGCUGCAGUCUGGACAGCAUGCCCCCCAAGGACGGCAGCGCCCCCGGGCCUGGCGAGGGCGCCCCACUCUCCAACGGGGGUGGCGGUGGCGCCAGCCGGAAGCGGCCCCUGGAGGAGGGCAGCAAUGGCCACACCAAGUUCCGCCUGAAGAAGAGGCGGCGGCCGCCCGGGCCCGCGCUGCCGAAGAACGCCCUGAUGCAGCUGAACGAGAUCAAGCCUGGCCUGCAGUAUGCACUGCUGUCGCAGACCGGGCCGGUGCACGCGCCCCUGUUCGUCAUGUCCGUUGAAGUUAACGGGCAGGUGUUUGAGGGCUCUGGCCCCACCAAGAAGAAGGCCAAGCUGCACGCCGCCGAGAAGGCCCUGCGGUCUUUCGUGCAGUUCCCCAACGCCUCCGAGGCGCACCUGGCCAUGGGGAGGACCCUGUCCGCCAACACGGACUUCACGUCCGACCAGGCUGACUUCCCCGACACGCUCUUCAACGGCUUCGAGACCCCAGACAGGUCGGAAAUACCCUUCUACCUGGGCUCCAAUGGGGACGACUCCUUCAGCUCCAGCGGGGACCUCAGCUUGGCGGCGUCCCCGGCGCCCGCGAGCCUGGCGCAGCCUCCUCUCCCCGGCCCUCCGCCGUUCCCACCACCGAGCGGGAAGAACCCCGUGAUGAUCCUGAAUGAGCUGCGGCCGGGGCUCAAGUACGACUUCCUGUCCGAGAGCGGGGAGAGCCACGCCAAGAGCUUCGUCAUGUCUGUGGUGGUGGACGGCCAGUUCUUCGAGGGCUCAGGCAGGAACAAAAAGCUCGCCAAGGCCCGGGCUGCGCAGUCCGCACUGGCAACCAUUUUUAAUUUGCACUUGGAUCAAACACCGUCUCGCCAGCCCAUCCCCAGCGAGGGCCUUCAGUUACAUUUACCGCAGGUGUUAGCCGAUGCCGUGGCCCGCCUGGUGCUGGAUAAGUUUGGCGAUCUGACGGACAACUUCUCCUCUCCUCACGCACGCAGGAAAGUUCUUGCCGGCAUCGUCAUGACAACAGGCACAGAUGUGAAAGACGCCAAGGUGAUCAGUAUUUCCACGGGGACAAAGUGCAUCAAUGGCGAGUACAUGAGUGACCGUGGCCUUGCAUUAAAUGACUGCCAUGCAGAAAUUAUAGCUCGGAGAUCCUUGCUUAGAUUUCUUUAUACACAACUUGAGCUUUACUUAAAUAACAAAGACGAUCAAAAACGGUCCAUCUUUCAGAAGUCCGAGCGGGGAGGGUUUAAGCUGAAGGAGAGUGUUCAGUUCCAUCUGUACAUCAGCACGUCUCCCUGUGGGGAUGCCAGGAUCUUCUCACCGCACGAGCCGAUCCUGGAAGAACCAGCGGACAGACAUCCAAACCGCAAAGCCAGAGGACAGCUGCGGACGAAAAUAGAGUCUGGCGAAGGCACAAUUCCCGUGCGAUCCAAUGCAAGCCUCCAGACGUGGGACGGGGUGCUGCAGGGCGAGAGGCUGCUCACCAUGUCCUGCAGCGACAAGAUGGCGCGGUGGAACGUGGUGGGCGUGCAGGGGUCCCUGCUCAGCAUCUUUGUGGAGCCGAUCUACUUCUCGAGCAUCAUCCUGGGCAGCCUCUACCACGGCGACCACCUCUCCAGGGCCAUGUACCAGCGGAUCUCCAACAUAGAAGACCUGCCCCCGCUGUACACGCUCAACAAGCCUCUGCUCAGCGGCAUCAGCAACGCGGAAGCACGGCAGCCGGGGAAGGCACCCAACUUCAGCGUCAACUGGACAGUGGGUGACGCGGCCAUUGAGGUCAUCAACGCCACGACAGGGAAGGACGAGCUGGGCCGUGCGUCCCGCCUGUGUAAGCACGCCUUGUACUGUCGCUGGAUGCGUGUGCACGGCAAGAAUUUGGACACUUCAUAUGAAUGUAAUUCAGCCAAGAACCCUAUCGCUCAGAUCCACUCCCCAGUGUCCUCUGUAUGUUUGUUGAUGUAUAUACCACACGUUACAAUCUGCAUGAGCUACUCCUCGCACCGAGACCAGCCGGAACGAAGCAUGAGACGCUGUCCUAUAGACAAAGGAUUGGAGAUGUUCUCAAUAAAAGACACAGUGUUCCACCACUGCAGUGUGGCUGGGUUUUCUCUCCUUUCUAGUUCUCCCCUUGGUCGCCUCGAAGGUCUGGGGUCCGUUCCAAUGAGCAAAAUUUGGAGGGGUGCGUAAGCACCAGCUGAGAGCUGCCCACUGGUCUUGUCCCGUGUGCUGCCCCAGCGCUCGGCACAUUCACCCAACUCAGGACAGUUCCUCUGAGCCCCUGGGAUCCGUGGGUCCCUCACCGUCUUCCUGAGCACACGCCGCUCCCACUCCCACGUGGAAGUUGUGUAGAGGGCAGUGACGCAGCGGCCCUGCUCGAGAUCCCGCAUGGAAGAAGGGACGAUGAUGUAGCCCCCAUUGGCCUGCUGGGCUGGGUGAGGGCGGCAUGAGCAGGAAGACACAGGAAGGACCUGGACGCCAACGGGCCACUGGCCAGGUGGACUGGGGUAUCAGGUGCAGGGAGACAGCGCAGCCACUAGUUAUAAGGUGGGCUUUAUGAUUUAGGGCUGACGUUUCUGAAGGAUGCUCAUAAUAAACCAAGUGGAAAACUGGCUGCAGAGACCAAUUACCAGAGACUGGUAAUUAAUGGAUUAGGUAGCAGCUAAUUAAUGAAUGCUCAAAACUCACCCUUUGCUAAUCACUGCACUGCUUUACCACUGUUUGCAUUUAGCGGUAAAGAAAUGUGGACGUUUUCUGUACAAGCGCACUGGGACAGCCUGGAAGGGGCUGAGUCUGGUCUCCUGUGAAUGAGGAUUCGGGGCGAUUUUAAUUUAAUUUUGCUUUUUUAAA